UCCUCCUCCUCAUCUUCAUCCUCCAGAUCAACACAUGUUUGGGUUUUUCUUCAUCUCUUCCAUGCUGUUGCAUCCUGACAGCUCGGUUCUGUGGAGGAUUUAAACCCGUCUCAGCUGGGAUUGGAUCGGGUCUUCCUGGACUCAGAGGGACCAGCAGGAUGGAUCUGGUUCCGUGGGGAUUUACGGUGGAUGUUUGGACCGGGCUGGCUCUGAGGAUGAGGAGGACGGGAGGACUGUACCUGCUGCUGCUCUGCUGGCUGCUGGGAGCACACACCUCAGCGCACGACGCCUCUUCGUCGUCCUCCUCGUCCUCGGGUCCUGGUUUCGUGGACUUGGGGUUCCUGCAGGAGCCUCAGGACACGGUGACAGUGCGAGGCGGCGUGCUGCAGCUGGACUGCCAGGCUCGGGCUGACGCGGGGGCGGGGCCUCCCGCCAUCACGUGGCGUAAAGACGGCGUCCUGCUGAGCGCCGUGGUGGACGAGCGGCGGYGGCAGCUGGGCAACGGCACCCUGCUGGUCCAGAACGUGGUCCACUCCCGGCACCACCGGCCCGACGAGGGAGACUACCAGUGUCUCGCCACGCUGGAGGGACUGGGCAGCAUCGUGAGCCGGACCGCCAAGGUCACCGUGGCUGGUCCUCUCAGGGUGGUGGUCCCCACAGAGUCGGUGUCCUCGUACCUCGGCGACACGGCCCUGCUGCGCUGCGAGGUUUCGGGCGAGCCCACUCCCGUCAUCCGCUGGCAGAAGAACCGGGAGGACCUYCCUGUGACCUUUGAAGCCCACUCUCGUCUGGCCGUGCUGCCGUCCGGUUCCCUGCAGGUCAGCCGGGUCCAGCCUCCGGACUCGGCCAUGUACCGCUGCCUGGCCGACAACCCUGGCAGCACCCGGACCGGGACGGACGCAGAGCUGCGAGUGCUUCCAGAACCCGGCCUGACCCGGAACCUCCAGUUCCUCCAGCGACCCUCCAGAGUGACGGCUCUGCUGGGGACCAACGCCGUGCUGGAAUGUUCCGCCUCAGGAUACCCGACCCCGAGCGUGCAGUGGACCAGAGGAGACGAAGUCCUGCAGACCUGGAACAAGAAGUACUCCCUGCUGGCCGGCAGCAACCUGCUGAUCAGGACCGUCACUGACGAUGACUCGGGCUCCUACAGCUGCAGMGCCUCCAACAAGAACCAGAACCUGACGGCGCAGGCAGAGCUGGAGGUCCUGGUUCCCCCUCAGUUCCUCAACUACCCCACCAACACCUUCGCCUCCGAGUCCACCGACAUCGAGCUGGAGUGCGCCGUGACGGGAAACCCRCCGCCCACCGUCCGCUGGAUGAAGAACGGCGAGGAGGUCAUCCCCAGCGACUACUUCCAGAUCGUGGACGGCACCAACCUGCAGAUUCUGGGUUUGGUGAAGUCGGACGAAGGAUUUUAUCAGUGUGUUGCUGAAAACUCAGCCGGCAGCUCGCAGGCCAUGGCUCAGCUGUUGCUACGGGAACCAGUGUCCCCCAGCCCAGGCGUUGCCCUCCCCUCUGCCCCCCGAGACCUGGUCCCUGUCCUAGUGUCCAGCCGCUUCGUGCGACUCAGCUGGCGCCCCCCAGAGGAGACCGGAGGAGGCGUGCAGACCUACGGCAUUUACUACUCGCAGGACGGCGUCGAGAGGGAGAGGUCAGUGAACGUGUCGGAGCCCGAGACCCUGGAGCUGACCGUGUCCAACCUGAAGCCCGAGGAGACCUACAGCUUCAGGGUGGUGGCCUACAACGAGGCGGGGCCUGGAGAGAGCUCCRCCCCCCUGAAGAUCUCCACACAACCGGACCUCCAGGUCCCCAGCAGGGUGCAGUCUCUCCGGGCCUCGGCUCUGUCUCCCACCUCCAUCCAGGUGAGCUGGGAGCCCCCCGGCCUCCCCAACGGCCCCCUCCUGGGCUACAGGCUGCUGUGGACCGAGAGCCCGUCUGGCAAAGAACAGAGCGUGGAGGUCAGCGGACUCAACUACAAGAUGGACGGACUCAACAAGUUCACAGAGUACACGGUCCGGGUCCUGGCCAUCAACCGCUACGGCCCCGGGACCGCCUCCGAGACCGUCGUCGUGACGACCCUGUCAGACGUCCCCAGUGCUGCUCCUCAGAACAUCUCCUUAGAGGUCGUCCUGUCCAGGAGCAUCAAGGUGUCAUGGCAGCCGCCGCCGCGCAGCGCUCAGAACGGGAUCAUCACCGCCUACAAGAUCAGGUACAGGAAGACGGGUCGGCGUGGAGACCAGGAGGCCAUCGAACCCAACAACUUCUGGUACCUGUUCACAGGCUUGGAGAAGGGCAGUCAGUACAGUUUCCAGGUGGCGGCCAUGACGGCCAACGGGACGGGCCCCGCCAGCGACUGGUUCACCGCUGAGACCCCGGAGAACGACCUGGACGAGAGCCAGGUCCCGGACCAGCCCAGCUCCCUACAUGUCAGACCCCUCCCCAACAGCAUCAUCAUGUCCUGGACUCCGCCCCUCAGCCCCAGCAUCCUGGUUCGAGGUUACAUCAUCGGCUACGGAGUGGGAAGUCCGUACGCCGAGACGGUCCGAGUGGACAGCAAGCAGAGAUACUACUCCAUCGAGAACCUGGAGCCCAGCUCACAUUACGUCAUCUCCCUGAAGGCCUUCAACAACGCCGGAGAGGGGGUCCCUCUGUACGAGAGCGCCGUCACCCGCUCCCUCACAGACCCCAUAGACCCAUUAGAGGACGAUCUGUUCCACCUCUUUGAUAAGUACCCCACUCCCAUGCCAGACACCAGCACCACCAUGAUCCCUCCAGUAGGAGUCCAGGCUGUGGCCCUGUCCUCGGACUCGGUCCGGGUCUCCUGGGCCGACAACUCCAUGACCAAGAACCAGAAGUCCUCGGAGGUCCGGUACUACUCUGUCAAAUGGAAGUCCAGCUUCUCCACCAGCGGGAAGUUCAAGUCUGCAGACACCACGGCUCUCAGCCACACCGUCACCGCCCUCAAACCCAACACCAUGUACGAGUUCGCCGUCAUGGUGACCAAAGGUCGCAAGUCCAGCACCUGGAGCAUGACGGCGCACGCCACCACCUACGAAGCAGCUCCAAGCUCCGCCCCCAAAGACCUGACAGUGAUCAGUCGAGAGGGGCGUCCUCGAGCCGUCCUCAUCAGCUGGCAGCCUCCGAUGGAGGCCAACGGCCGAAUCACAGGUUACAUCUUGUACUACACGCUGGAUAAAAACAUCCCGAUAGACGACUGGGUGAUGGAGGCCAUCAGCGGGGACCGGCUGACCCACCAGGUCCUGGACUUGAACCUGGACACGGUUUAUUACUUCAGGAUUCAGGCCAAGAACACCAAAGGGGUCGGCCCUCUGUCUGAACCGGUCCAGUUCAGGACCGCUAAAGUGGAGCUUCCAGACAAGAUGGCCAACGACCAAGGUCAGAGAGGAGAACAUGCCUACUGGCCGUCCGACACCAACCUGAUUGACAGGAGCAGCAUGAACGAGUCUCCGGUGGGACAGAUGCGCCCGCCUCACAGCAGCGUCACUCCUCAGAAGAACAGCAACCUGCUGGUGAUCAUCGUGGUCUCUGUGGGCGCCGUCACCGUGGUCGUGGUCGUCAUCGUGGCGCUGAUCUGCACCCGCCGCUCCUCCGCGCAGCAGAGGAAGAAGCGGGCGAGCCACGGCGCCAGCAAGAGGAAGGGCAGCCAGAAGGAGCUGCGGCCCCCGGACCUGUGGAUCCACCACGAGGAGAUGGAGAUGAAGAACAUGGAGAAGGCCCCGAGCGUGGCCCCCUCAGGACACGAGUCCCCCAUCCAGUCCUGCCAGGACCUCCCCCAGGUGGCUCACAGCCAAUCAGAGAGCCAGAUGGGCAGCAAGAGCAGCCACUCAGGCGCCGACGCCGACGAGGCGUCCAGCGGUAUCUCCACGCUGGACCGCUCCCUCGCYGCCCGCAGAGGAACACGGAGCAAAAUGAUGAUUCCCAUGGACUCCCAGCCGAGCAACACACCGGUGGUCAGCGCCAUCCCGGUGCCCGCUCUGGACUCCUCUCAGUAUCCGGGGAUUCUGCCUUCGCCCUCCUGUGGAUUCUCUCACAACAAGUUCAGCCUGAGGCCCAUGCCGUUCCCCAGCCUGACUGUGGACAGAGGAUACACACCAGUGAUGUCAUCGGACACUUCCACCAACCCCCUCCUCCAGCAGCAGCCCCCUCCCCAGCAGACGGCCCCCCUCCUGCCCGGUUCCUCGGCCCCGGCAGGAGAUCUGGUUCCCCCCGUCGGCCCGGUCCCGGGAGCCCCCUCGUCUUCCUCCUCCUCCGCCGCCGCCGCCUCUGAGGAGGUCCAGGCAGGAAGCAGUCGGAGCAUCCCCACGGCCUGCGUCCGGCCCACCCACCCCCUCCGCAGCUUCACCAACCCUCUGCUGCCCCCGCCCAUGGGAACCAUCGACCCCAAGGUCUACACCUCCAUGAUGCUGCAGUCCA